AUAAAAGAUAAAUUCGAGUUUCUAUAAGCCUAUGCUCAUGAGGAAGUGUAUUAUAAGUGUACUCUGCAAUAUGGAUUCUACAUUGGAAUGAAGAAUGAAAUUUCUGAAUUUAUUUGUGUUAAACUAUAGGCGUAUUACUCAGUACAAAUGCUAGAACAGAGAUCGAAAUAUGGAUAUACUUGCUGACUUGAGCAAUAUAAGGGACUGUUAUUAAAAUUUUUCAGUCGGAUAAAGAUGAUCUGGCCUUCAGAUCUACUUUCUUCUUUCACAUGGUGCCUUCUCGUCCUCAUCAUUGUUUUGAUCAAAUAUUAUUUGCAUCGGAAAUGGAGUUUGUUAAAGAACUUGAACGUUCCGCAUAUUCCUCCAUCUAUCAGAAAUUUUGGGAGUGCACGGGCAGUAUGGUCAGAAAAGCCAUUUACGUUUGAUCUUGAAUGCAAGGAAAAGUUUGGUCGAAUUUAUGGGUAUUAUAUUAUGACCAAACCCAGAAUUGCCGUUCAUGAUUUAAACAUUUUGCAGCAAAUAUUUGUGAAGGAUUUUUCAAAUUUCACUAACAGAGUUGAAAAGCUUAACCCAUUUGAAGAAACAAUGUCAAAUGGUUUAUUGUUCAUUGAAGAUGAACAAUGGAAACGUGUCAGAACAACAAUGACUCCAGCAUUUUCAAGUUUAAAACUGAAAUUGAUGAAAGGAAUAGUCGAGAGAUGCGUCAGCAAUACUAUAGACGUAUUAGAGAAAAAGUGUAAAAAUGAAAAUGGCAUUUUCAAUGUGAAAGAUGUUUUUGGAAGAUUAUCUCUUGAUGUUAUUUGCGCAUCUGCUUUUAGUACUGACAUCAAUUCUCAGGAUACCUCCAAAAAAGAACCCCAGAUUUCUAUUCAGGCUAAAGAAUUAUUUAAAGCGGGAUUUUUUAACAUAUAUUUUCUCAUUGGGAUUUUAUUUCCGUUUCUCGAAACCUUCAUAGGAAAGGUAUUGGCGAAAAAAUCCUUUAUGGUUUACUUCAAGCAACUAUGCAAUAAAAUCAUAAAUCAGAGAGACGAUCAUCAACAUGGCAAUAACCGUGUGGAUUUGAUGCAGAUUAUGUUAGACUAUAAAGUGUCUGAUACAGUGAUUAAAAAAGGCGUCAGAAAAGGAAUGUCAGAAAUUGAAGUUAUCGCAAAUUCUGUGACAAUGCUUUUAGCAGGAUAUGAUACUACAAGCAUUGCAAUGGCAAAUUUAAUAUAUAAUUUGGCUCAAUAUCAAGAAGUACAGGAGAAACUCCACUUGGAAAUUGAUGAAGUGUUUCGUAAAAAAUAUGGAAAUUUAGAUUAUGAUAGUGUUAAUGAAUUAAAUUUUCUUGAGUUAUGUAUAAAUGAAAGCAUUCGUUUGUAUCCUCCAAUUGCUAAGACAACCAGGGUGGCUAAAAAAGAAAUAAACAUCCAUGGAUUGACUAUACCAGCCGGAAUGCUUAUGGUAAUGCCCAUUCAUGCAUUAUGCCAUGAUCCUGAAUACUGGGACGAUCCGAUGGAAUUCAAGCCGGAGAGAAUGAAAUACAUGGAUGGAAUGAAUCCCAUGGUUUAUCAACCAUUUGGUAGUGGACCAAGAAAUUGCAUCGGAAAGAGAUUUGCACUCAUGGAAAUGAAGAUAGCAAUCUGUAAAUUACUUCAUCAAUAUAAAUUCAUCCCCACGAGCGAAACUCCAAAACCCCCGUUAAGGUUGAAAUUCGAUCUCACUGUUCAUCCUAAAGACAAAAUCACUCUUAAAGCUAUUCCCCGACAAAACCAUUCAAUGUAAUUUUGUUUGAAUUGUAAUAUAGAAAACGAAAAGUUAUAAAUACGGUACUUGAAGACCUGCAGCUGACUUGAUAAAAAGACACAAUUGUUUUUCUUAGCAAAAAUGUAUUUCCUUGCAUAUUACGGGUACCUUAUGUCAUAUUAUGACCAUAUAACUUUCUAUAAUGCAAGUACCAAGAUAAGGAAAUGUUACGCAAGGAAUUGUCUUGAUGAUGUGCAUGCUGUAUAGCAGGGGUGAGCAACUUCCCUAGUCAGCGGGCCAGAUGUACGAAAAUGAACCGGAUUAUUACAAAAAAUACUUCCAAUCUUUGAUAAAAAUCUGGUCGCGGCCCACGAGCCUUAUGUUGCCCACCUCUGCCGUAUAGUCUAGUAGCUUAAGUUUUGUAAAGAAGCCUUUGUUUCUACAAUGAUUCAUUUUUUGCCAAUUUAUAUUACAACUUGUAUUGAAAUUUUAAAUCUGCAUGUUUUCUUAUAUGCAAAUUUGAAAAAAAACAUCAGGAAAAGAAAUUAAAUUGUAUAUUAAAGUGUAUUUGUGCAAUUAACACUACUUUAUGUUAACAAUUUGUAUAAUAUAUCAAAUUAAAUUAUAUAUUAGAGUGUAUUUGUGCAAUUAACACCACUUUAUGUUAACAAUUUGUAUAAUAUAUGUAUAUAUAAUUGCACGUUACACACCCAAAAAAUAAAAUGAAAUUUUACAAUGGAGUGUCUUUUAAAUGAUUUGAUAAAAUUUUCGUCCUAAUCAGGUUUUAAUUGUUACUUUUACAAAUUAAUAUCAUGCAUUUAUGUACACUUAUGAGAUUAUCCUAUUAUAACUAUUUCUUUGUAUUUACCUAUUAGCUAUGUUUAUAGGCUUUGGGUUUCACAAGCCUUUUCUGUAUCAUGCAAUUUGUAUACUUUUGAGAAAUCUUUGUGCCUAUUGACAUAUUUUGAGUUUUUGUAGCU